GUCAGUCCGCAAUGACAGUUGUCGUUCGGGUUUUCGUAAGACAAGGAAAAAUUGUACAGCAGAAGUUUUCACUGCUUCCUUGCAAAGAUUUCCCAUUUUCCCUUCCGAGCGCGAUACCAACCUACAGCAUAGUUCGCUUGCGGAAAACGGCACGGUGUUGAGGUCUGGCUGCUGCGGGUGGUGGUGGCGUUUAAGGUAGGGAGAUCUGCGCCGUGUUUUGGUCCGCUGGCGGGUGUGCACUGCUGGAGGAAGGAGAGAAAGAGAAAGUGUGCUGCUUCUGCAUCAUAGUUCUUCAUCGUGUUCCUGUUGCUGCCCGAGUCCUGUUGGUAAUUCCGCCCCGUGUAUUGCACACCAGCAUGUCCACGAAGAAGCAGCAGAUCGCCGACAGUUGGGAAGAUAUCGACGAAGAACAGUUGGCCAAUACGAUAACGAUACUGAAAAACUGUACCAGCAUUGACGGGGACAAAGCGGAUAGCACAAAGGCAUCCGCGACGUCCGGAAACACGGCACGGCAGAAUUCCCUACCGCAGAUGCUAGAGGAGGAACUGCGCCCGAAGAUGGUGGCCCGACCGAUGCAGAUACUGAAGCGUCCGCAGACCAGCGGCGGAUCGGAAGGGAAAAGCGGAGCAGCGGACAGCAAACCCAAGACACAGAUCAAGUCACUCGACCAACGAAGGCAGGAAUAUGCCGAGGCACGGUUGCGUAUCCUUGGUUCGGCUCACGAUGACGAGGAAGCAGAGACGAAAAAAACAACGCCUACUACUAAUGGAUAUCGAGUAAACAAUGUUAAUAACAAUGUCGGUAACAGUGCGAAUGUUAGUUCCAAUGCUAGUAGUGCAAGUGGGAGUGUUGGUAGUGGUGUUGGUGGCGGUGGUGUUGUAGAUGGCAUGGCCGGGAAUAGUGCAAAUAACAAUUCGAAUCACGUGUACCGCUUUCAUCCACCGUACCGGCAACAAGCCCCAAUUGGAACGUUUCCACCCGGAAUGCAAAAUGGGCCACCGGGACGUGCGCAAGGGGCACCAGUGGUGUACUAUCCAACGACACCGAACCACCACCAUCAGCAUCCUCACCAUCCUAUGCACAGUACGCAUCCGUUACAUCAUUCGCACCAUACGUUUUCACCGAAGCCACACCAUCAACAGCACAUACAUCCGCAGCAGCCACACCAGCAUCAACAGCAGCCACCCAGCAGCCACCCGUAUCAGCAACAGUUUGCUCAGCAUCUUAACCAUCAGCAGCCGCCGGUAGGCCGGGAUGGAAUGUGGUACGUUGGUAUUCGCAACGGGUUCGGGUACGGUGAAGGAAUUGGACCACUGCUCGGACAUGCACCGCCCGGUGCUAUGCCGAAUCAUACGAUUCCGUACAACGGUGGAGGCGGUGGUGGUGGUGGUGGAGGAGGAGGUGGAACAACAUUCGGAAAGCCUAACGGUCACGGCAGUUCCGGCGGAUCGAAUAUCGUUACAAAUCAACAUGUGCUACGUUUGCCUGCCGGUCCGGAUGGUUCCCAAGGAUUCAACAUGCGACGGUAGCUAGCUGAUGCCAUCGUUCGUGGUGAUGCACUAGGUGGUGGUGUUGGUGGUGGUGCUGCUAAUGAUGAUAACGAUGAUGCUGAUGAUGGUGGACGGUGAUAUUCUGAUCAUCUUUCCGAGCUAACACACUGAACCUACCGGGGGCGCGUAAAUUCGGCCAUCGAGAAAGCGUGCUAGAGCCAAGCGUGUUUUAUUCGGUUUCUUUUUCAGAUGGCUUUCAAAUGGAACACAAUGCUCUACAAUUGGCGAUUAUCUUCUUGUUUUAUCUUCUGCCCUCUUUAUUCCUCCAUCAUAGAUCCCUGCACCCGUUUCCACGGUGUAGCCCAAAAAAAAGUCCUCACUCAGUUUUAAGUUUUGCCAUUCUUUUAUUUUCCCCUUUUCAUUUUGUAUGCUUUUUUUUGUUGGCUAAUUGUUGUUUACUGGAUCCUCAAACUACUAGCCGUAGUAUGAUGCUUUCUCCUUUGAAAAGCAAAUAGAAGAAACAUCAUCAGAAAGGGGUGGGAACGUCUUUAAUUACGUGACACGAUGUAUGUCUGACAUCGGGACAUCGCAUUCACGAAAGCGCCAAUUCGUUCUAGUAUAAGGAAAGGACCCGUUGAUGUGUACAGUGUUGGUUAAUGUGUACACAUUAGCGCUAAAACAAUCAUUUACAUAUAUUAUUUUAGUGCUUUUUUUUAAAUAUGUAGUAUGAGUUAUGUAUAAAAUGCGUUAUAAAUAAUGAUAAUGGUGCAAACUGAAAA